CCCCCCGCUCCCCGCACCGAGUCCCGCUGCAGCGGAGGGAGCUGCGGUGCGAGGCGGGGGAAGCGGCCGGGAGCCGCGGGGGGGGCGGUGGGGGACGGCGGAGCCUCGGCACCGGACCCGCCGCGGCCGCUCCUCCCGCCGCCAGGGGGCGCUGGGCCGCACGCCGCUCUGACGUCACACGGCCGCGCCGCCGCCCGGCUCCGCGCUGGGCGCCGCCGCGAGGGAGGGAGCGGCGCCGUGCGGCGGUUCUGGGAAGAAUGACCACUCUCACCCGGCAGGACCUUAACUUUGGGCAAGUUGUUGCAGAUGUGCUUUCAGAGUUUCUGGAAGUGGCUGUUCACCUUAUCUUGUAUGUCAGAGAAGUUUAUCCUAUUGGGAUCUUUCAGAAGAGGAAAAAAUACAACGUACCUGUCCAGAUGUCCUGCCACCCGGAGCUGAACCAGUACAUUCAGGACACCCUGCACUGUGUAAAGCCCCUGCUCGAGAAGAACGAUGUGGAGAAAGUUGUAGUUGUAAUCCUGGAUAAAGAGCACCACCCUGUGGAGAGAUUCGUCUUUGAGAUCACACAGCCACCUCUUCUUUCCAUUAGUUCAGAGUCCCUGCUCUCCCAUGUGGAGCAGUUACUGCGUGCCUUCAUCCUGAAGAUCAGCGUGUGCGAUGCUGUGCUUGACAACAAUCCCCCAGGUUGCACCUUCACAGUUCUGGUUCACACCCGGGAGGCCGCCACACGGAACAUGGAAAAGAUCCAGGUGAUAAAGGAUUUCCCCUGGAUCCUCGCUGAUGAACAGGACGUGCACAUGCAUGACCCCCGGCUUAUUCCCCUGAAAACCAUGACAUCCGAUAUCCUAAAGAUGCAGCUCUAUGUAGAAGAGCGAGCCCACAAAGGCACCUGAUUACCAGUGUUCCUUGCCUUCAAGCCUCAUCUGAUCUUCUAGUGGAUUAAGAUAUCUCACAAAUCAUACCUUGCUAACUGUCUCUUCAGCUGGCCUUCUGGGUGAAUGUAGAGCAGCUGCUGCCUCUCUAUUUCAAGUGCUCUUACCACUGUAUAUAGAACUGACUUGGAAUGUGGAGCCAGAGCCUGUUCCCAUGUACACUCAUGUGUGAGUAUAGGUUUUGUUACAGUGAAUCCCUGGGGGCAGGACAUAGGUGACUGCAGUGUGCAGUCAGUGCUUUGUACAGCUCCAGUUCUCACCUCAAUAGGGCAUCUCCAUUGCACAUCGAUAGUGAUAUACAGCGAUCCACUACAGCAACGGACUCAUGUCAAGGGUGAGUGAGGCCUUAUGUAGCAUCUGUCCACUGUGACUGUCCCAAGUAGUCUUCAAUAAAUGCUAAGUUUUACCUGAGUUCUGUCCAAACCAGCCUCCCCCUGUAAGCAAGUAUUUUUAUUCUGUAUGGAGCUUUGUAUUUUAUUGGGUUUUUUCCAUACCUUUUCUAGAAUGUAUGUGGAAUCCGUCAAUUCCCAUGAAGGGGUUAUACUACCUUGGUCUCUCUCCUUUCUAUGGGAGAGCUUUCAGCAACAAGUGGCAUUAGCAAGAAGGAAUGUGUCUGUCCAGCAAGGACACCUGCCAGAUAUACUAAAUAGAGGACAAGGGGAGCACUGUUAAUCGUAUACCUGUCAAAGGAGAGGGAAGAAGGCCUUAGCAUUGGCUCUGUGCAGACAGGGGUAGAAGACUUGGUUCAUAGUAUUUAAGCUGAGCUUGUUGGUCAGACAAUUUGAUAACACAGCCAGUACAGAACCUCCCUGCUCCCUCCAAGUAAAAAGUGCAAGAAUACUCUAGAGCAAGGUCUUGUGCUGCUUUAACACUUUAUAUAGGGUCAGACUGUUCAGUACAAACCAAGUACUUUGGUAGUACAAAGGUAGUAAGGAGAAAGCCCAGCACAAUCAAAAGGCACUUCUGUUGUAAGGGAGCCACCUUGAGGUAUUUCUUAUCUCCUCUUUCUCUAGUGGUUUAUUCAAACAACAAUGGACUGGUUUUGGACAGGGAAGGCAUGUACCGUUUUGAUCUUCUACACUUAAAGAAACAAUAAGGAAUUAAGUACCAGUGACACUGCAUUUAUGAAAAAGGGUUGACAGUUUCCUUAUGCUAUGAAAGGGCUGAUGUGAAAGAUACACGUUUUUAUACACAAUAAAACUGAAACAGGAAAAUAA